GUUAAAGAAAGAAUAUGUAUGAAAUAGAAAAAGUAAGCCACAAAAAUCUUUGGAGGAUAGCAUGAAGUGUCAUAUGUAUACACCUUACAAUAUCCAUAUCAUCUCCUUAACUCUCAAAGUUAAACCCCUCACAUCACAAUUCCUCUUAUUAUUCUCCCUCCAAUUUUUCUUGUGAUCUCAUCUCUCCUUCACUUCACUUCAAUGGCGGUUGCAGAGCUGACCCCUGCUUACACAACCACCGACGUCAGCAAAUCCAAACUGUCUUAUGUUUCAUCCUCAUCUCGUCUCUCGUACCACCGCCGUCUUAGUUUCCAACAUCUUUCUCGCCCCACUGUCCGUUGCUCUGUUACCUCUAACUCUAACAAAAUUAAAGCCCCGGUUGGUGUUGAUCCGACACCGAAGUCGGAUUGUUACGGUGUGUUCUGUCUCACUUAUGAUCUCAAGGCUGAAGAUGAAACUAAAUCAUGGAAGAAGAUGAUUAAUGUUGCGGUUUCAGGUGCAGCGGGGAUGAUAGCCAACCAUUUACUCUUCAAGCUUGCAUCUGGUGAGGUUUUCGGCCCGGACCAACCUAUUGCCCUUAAACUUUUGGGAUCUGAACGAUCAUUUGGAGCUCUUGAAGGUGUUGCCAUGGAACUUGAGGAUUCGUUAUAUCCAUUGUUAAGAGAAGUAAGCAUCGGUAUAGAUCCAUACGAGGUAUUCCAAGAUGCGGAAUGGGCUCUUUUGAUUGGUGCAAAGCCUAGAGGACCAGGAAUGGAAAGAGCUGAUUUGUUGGAUAUUAACGGCCAAAUCUUUGCAGAGCAGGGAAAGGCUCUCAAUGCUGUUGCAUCACCUAAUGUCAAAGUCAUGGUGGUGGGAAACCCCUGCAAUACCAAUGCUUUGAUAUGCAUGAAAAACGCUCCAAAAAUACCUCCAAAGAAUUUUCAUGCGUUAACUAGACUAGACGAGAAUAGAGCAAAAUGCCAGUUGGCUUUAAAAGCAGGAGUUUUCUACGAUAAAGUCUCUAACGUCACCAUUUGGGGAAACCACUCGACAACUCAGGUUCCGGAUUUUUUAAAUGCUAAAAUACAUGGAAUUCCCGUUACGGAGGUUAUUAGGGAUAGAAAAUGGUUAGAAGAGGAAUUUACCCAAGUGGUACAGACAAGAGGCGGAGUCUUAAUAAAAAAAUGGGGAAGAUCUUCGGCAGCAUCAACUGCUGUUUCCAUUGUGGAUGCGAUAAGGUCUCUUGUAACACCCACACCAGAGGGUGAUUGGUUUUCAACCGGAGUUUAUACAAAUGGAAAUCCUUAUGGAAUAGCAGAGGGUAUUGUUUUCAGCAUGCCUUGCAGAUCCAAGGGGGAUGGCGAUUACGAGCUUGUUAAAGACGUGAUAUUCGAUGACUACCUAUGGAAAAGAAUUAAAAAGUCUGAGGACGAGCUGCUUGCCGAGAAGAAAUGUGUAGCACACUUAACGGGAGAGGGAAUUGCGGUAUGUGACCUGCCAGGGGAUACGAUGCUUCCGGGCGAAAUGUAGAUCAAGGUAUAUAAAAUCAUUGAUUAAAACUUUAUCUGGCAUAUCAGGCCAAUACUGAGAUCUUCAGGAAACAGAACUAGAAUUAUGUGUGUGCACAUCAUGUUCUUGUUAUUGAACAUGUAUAGUUGCCAAUAAUGCGCAGUUUAUGACAUUCGUAUUUGUAACUCGGUCAACCAGUUUCGAUUGUGUCAUCUCGGUCAAACUUCAGAAACACGUGUAUAUUAUAUUGUUGCUAUACCGUUUUCAGAGUUCAAAACGGUCAUUGUUAUGCGAAUAAUAUUAUAUCAGUUAGCUAGA